CCUGCUGUCCACUGCGAGAGGGCCUCGAACUUCAGGUGGAAGAUGUCGGAAAGUAAUUUGGCAGAAAGCAGCGACGGACGCGAGACGCUGGUGUCUGGUGCUAAAGUCGUCGCCCAGGCCCUGAAAACACAGGAUGUGAAUUACAUGUUUGGCAUCGUAGGCAUCCCGGUGACCGAAAUCGCCCUUGCUGCCCAGGAGGUGGGCAUCAGAUACAUCGGGAUGAGGAACGAGCAGGCGGCUUGUUAUGCUGCGUCUGCGGUUGGAUAUCUGACAGGCAGGCCGGGAGUUUGCCUUGUUGUUUCUGGCCCAGGUCUCAUCCAUGCUUUGGGUGGUAUGGCAAAUGCAAACAUGAACUGUUGGCCCUUGAUUGUGAUUGGUGGUUCCUCUGAAAGAAGUCAGGAAACAAUGGGGGCCUUCCAGGAGUUUCCUCAGGUUGAAGCUUGUAGAUUAUAUAGCAAGUUCUCUGCCCGGCCAAGUAGCAUAGAAGCUAUUCCCUCUAUUAUCGAAAAGGCAGUGAGAAGCAGUAUUUAUGGUCGUCCAGGUGCUUGCUAUGUUGACAUACCUGCAGAUUUUGUGAACCUCCAGGUGAAUGUGAACUCUAUAAGGUACGUGGAGUGCUGCAUGCCACCUCCUAUUAGUAUGGCAGAAAGCUCUGCUGUAUGUAUGGCAGCAUCUGUUAUUAGGAAUGCCAAACAGCCCCUUCUUAUCAUCGGGAAAGGUGCUGCUUAUGCCCGUGCAGAGGAGAGUAUCAGGAAGUUGGUGGAGCAAUGUAAAUUGCCAUUUCUGCCCACCCCCAUGGGAAAGGGUGUUAUCCCUGACAACCAUCCAAACUGUAUAGGUGCUGCCAGAUCCAGGGCUUUGCAAUUUGCUGAUGUAAUUGUGUUACUUGGUGCCAGAUUAAAUUGGAUUUUACAUUUUGGACUGCCUCCAAGAUAUCAGCCAGAUGUGAAGUUUAUCCAGGUUGAUAUCUGUGCAGAAGAGUUGGGGAAUAAUGUAAGACCUGCUGUGACCUUGCUAGGAGACAUAAAUGCUGUCACUAAACAGCUUUUAGAACAAUUUGAUAAAACACCAUGGCAGUAUCCUCCUGAGAGCAAGUGGUGGAAAAUUCUGAGAGAAAAAAUGAAGAGCAAUGAAGCUUUAUCCAAGGAAUUAGCUUUCAAAAAAUCCCUGCCUAUGAAUUAUUACACAGUAUUCUACCACAUUCAAGAACAACUGCCCAGAGACUGUUUUGUGGUGAGCGAAGGAGCAAAUACUAUGGAUAUUGGGCGCACUGUGCUUCAAAACUACCUUCCUCGUCACAGGCUUGAUGCUGGUACUUUUGGAACAAUGGGAGUCGGUUUGGGUUUUGCCAUUGCAUCUGCUCUAGUGGCUAAAGAUAGAAACCCAGGGCAGCAGGUCAUCUGUGUGGAAGGAGACAGUGCAUUUGGAUUUUCUGGCAUGGAAGUGGAAACCAUCUGCAGGUACAACUUGCCAAUCAUACUUUUGGUGGUGAAUAAUAAUGGAAUUUACCAAGGUUUUGAUACAGAUACUUGGAAGGAAAUGUUAAAAUUUGGAGAUGCUACUACAGUGGCCCCUCCAAUGUGUCUUCUGCCACACUCACAUUACGAGCAUGUCAUGAUUGCAUUUGGAGGCAAAGGGUAUUUUGUACAAACACCAGAAGAACUCCAGAAAUCCCUGAGGCAGAGUCUGGCAGACACAACUAAACCCUCUCUUAUCAACAUCAUGAUUGAGCCGCAAGCCAUGCGGAAAGCCCAGGGGUCACUGGAGCCAGCUCUGUGGAGUGCUUCAUCUACGGCUACCUGGAUCGUCCUGAGGCUCAUUCCCUGGUCCCAGCGUGUUCCCAGGUACUGCCUCCUCACCCCAGUGAUCAGGGAGGGCUCAGGAAAUCAGACCUGCUUUCCCCGUAGCCUGAGCUCUGUGUGCUCCCCGCCGUUUGCCAUGUGGUAUCAGCCAUGUUGUCACCUCUUCCGUGAAGCUAUCCUCUCUCCCAGCCCUCCUACAGCACCCUGCGUGUACCUUCGUCACUACGCACGAUAUUCAUGACGCAUCGAAUUCCCAUCUCCCUUCCCGCCUUGACCUAGUGCCUGUGUACCCAGAUGUCACCCACCCCUCAUCUUCCAGGGCCUGCAUCCUCCUGCUGUUUGGCAAGCUCCUCUGUGGGCUCCCCCUUGAAGAAUCGUGAUAUAUACAUCACGGACAUUUUCUUGCAGGGGUGGCGGCCCCGGGGGGGUUAUAUCACAAAAGCCGCAGCAAACAAUUCUGAGGGUGCAGCGUGGAGAGGUGAGCCACGGAGGAUCAAAGCCCAGCCCUGGUGCCUGGGUUAGACAAGCCCCACCGUGUAGGGGUGGGGUCUGGGCCUCGAGGCCCUGAUGGAACUGGGCCAAGUUCCUCCUCCAAAUGGAGGUCAAAAGUAAAGUUGAGUUACUGGAGAUAAAUACUUCUUUCACACUUUAGUGCUGUGCACUGAUAUUUACAUCCACUAUACUCCUAACUCCAUUUCAUAACUCACAGUGCCAUUCUCGCCCCCUGCCCUUCGCCCACCGUCCAGCUGUGCCCUCUCCCCACCACUCUGCCUACGUCAUUCUUCUUCAGAGCUUUCAUGCUUAUCUUCAUUUGAUUAUUUUUCUGUAUUAACUCUAGUAGCACAAAAAAUCUAGUAUUUUCAUUGGAGUAAAUUUUAAAAUUUAGUGUAUUAAUAGAAGGACUUCACAUUCAGUAAGGCCAACAGAUCAGGAGACGAUUGCCAAGAAAAGAUAGUUUCUUACUCACAGUUCUGGAGAGGAGAGGGUCCCACACCGUGCAGGGCUGCAUGGGGAAAGGGUGAGGGUGGUCUCCGGGCACAGAGAAAGAGGCAACUUACAGCUGAAGUCUUUACCGUGCUGUCCUUGGAAAGAAACAGGUGAGGCAGAUUAAGCUGGUUUAGGAUUGGCUAGUUUGAACAACAUCCAUGGACUCCAGGGUGCAGGGGCUGCCCCAGGCAUCUGGUACCUGACCCUGUGGUGAUUAGGGCAGGGAGAUAAGAGGCCUGGAACGUGAGAGCCCAAUACAGAGCACUAUAAAGAGGGAGGUUGGGAUCAUGGGCUCAGGGUUGAUUUGCAUAUAAAAAGAGUUGUUUGCCAGCAGGGAACUAGCUAACCUGGGAGGGGCAGUCCCUGGGGUCAGCAAGGCCCAGGUGUCAAAGCAUCAGCAUUACAGAAAAUAAGAUGUGGUUAAUACAGAGUGACGUUAAAUGGAUAUGUAUUAAAUAUUGUAUUAA